CGACUCGUGGCCAUCAUCCGAUUGACUCGACGAGCUUGCUUGUCCUUGGGCUACUGCCAGAACACAACAACUUCUACUUCAUCCAAAGACGACCAGGAAGGAUCUGAUAUGUGCGCGAUGUUGUCGACCACGCGUUUGCUGCUCAGUCGAGCGUGCCGUCCGCUGCCUUGUCAGGCAAAGGCGACCUUCCCAGUGAGAUGUGCUUCGACAUCGUCAAGCUCCAGUUCAAAGUAUGCGAAGUUUGAUUGGGAGGACCCAUUGAGCCUGGAAAGUCUCCUGACAGAAGAGGAGGUCGCUAUCCGUGAUACUGCGCGUGCAUUCUGCCAGGAGAACCUCAUGCCUCGCGUACUUGAGGCUCAGCGCACAGAAGAGUUUAACUAUGACAUCCUUCCAUCUAUGGGCGCUUUGGGAUUCCUCGGACCCACCAUUGAAGGCUACGGCUGCGCAGGCGUCAGCAGCGUCGCUUAUGGCCUGAUCGCCCGGGAGGUAGAGCGUGUCGACUCGGGCUACCGCUCGAUAUCGUCCGUUCAGUCGUCACUCGUAAUGCACCCCAUUCACGAAUAUGGCAGCGACGCGCAGAAGGAGAAGUAUCUGCCUAGGUUGGCUAAGGGAGAGCUCAUCGGUUGUUUCGGUCUUACUGAACCCAAUCAUGGUUCGGAUCCAGCUGGUAUGGAGACCACUGCCGAGGAGGUAGACGGCGGGUUCGUUCUCAAUGGUUCCAAGACGUGGAUAUCCAACGCUCCUGUCGCCGAUCUGUUUGUCAUCUGGGCACGUUGCAAGUGGGAUGACAAAGUGCGGGGCUUCCUACUCGAAAAGGGAACGAAGGGCCUGUCUGCUCCUGUCAUCAAGCACAAGCUUGCCCUGCGUUGUUCAUUGACAGGUUCUAUCUUCAUGGACAGCGUCCAUGUAGACCACGAUGCGCUUCUCCCCAAGGCCAAGGGACUCAACGCACCAUUCGGUUGCUUGAACAACGCAAGGUACGGAAUUUCCUGGGGCGCGAUGGGCGCGCUGGAAGACUGCAUCAACCGCACUCGGGCGUACGCGCUCGAGCGGCAUCAAUUCGGCCGGCCGUUGGCUUCCUUCCAGCUCGUGCAGAAGAAGCUCGUCGACGCGCAGACCGAAGUAGUUCUAGGCCUGCAUGCGAGCCUACAGGUAGGCCGUCUUAAGGACGCGGGCAAGCUCGCGCCCGAGAUGAUCAGCAUGGUGAAGCGCAAUAACUGCGGUAAGGCACUGGAGCACUCGCGGAGAGUGUUAGAUAUUCUCGGUGGUAAUGCAUGCUCCGACGAGUACCAUGUCGGUCGACACGUCGCAAAUCUGCAGGUAGUGAAUACCUAUGAAGGAACUUAUGACAUCCACACUCUGAUUCUCGGAAAGGCUAUGACGGCUAUUCAAGCGUUUGCAAACUAGGGAGUCUAAAAGAUAGCAUGUAUGUAUAGUAGUGCGUUACGGAGAAGCGCGUUGCCUGCUUAGCGUCACACCACAAGAAGUGUAGUGAGAUUUAAACGCAGCGGACAAUUGUUUGCAUUCAUG